UUUUUUUUUUCUUCCUUUUUUUUUUUUGUCCUUUUUUGGUCUCUGGGUGCACGGGUGUUUAUUUCCCUUUUUCACAUGCCAUUGCUCCACCUGCACUACUUUAGAGUUUAAUACUUCAUAAGUAAUAUAAGUAGUACUUUUGGUAGUACUUUAAUGCUUUCGGUAGUACUUUAGUACUUUCAAGUUAUGACUGAUGAUAAGAAGAAAACAACCAUACUCAGUGACGACCAAAAGAAGGCGCACCACAUUGCUUCGGAACAGAAAAGAAGAGAGAACAUCAGAAGCGAGUUUGACAGAAUAGUCGAUUUGACUCCGUCUCUUAACGAUCGGGAAAAUCGAAGUGAACUAAAUAUCUUGACUAAACUGGCAGACUACAUUGACUCUUUAAAAGAAGAAAAUCUCAAAUUAAUUCAGUUAUGUAAAGAAAAGGGUAUUGAUGUCCCCGCAAAUUUGAUUUAUAAAGGUCCCGGUAUCGAUAAUGAUUAAUGUCUUUUAAUUCUUAUAUAUAAUUGUGUAUUUAUAUUCUUUACCUUGAUGAUUCCAAUUUUUCAAUACGGGGAUUAUCUCCAUAUUCUUUAAUUCUAUUCCUUGACUAUUGCUUGUGA